AUGAAUAGUGGACAUACAAUGACUGAACCUAUUUCUUAUUUAAGUUCUCGAGAAUUCGAUGGAAAAUUUCGUUUAUUGUGUCAACGAUCGAUAAUUUGUGUUAUUGGAAAAUUAAAUGAAUCACAAAGAUUUACAUGUUCAAAUCUUAUCUUUACUUUUCCUGUAAAUUGUAUUGAAAGUGAUAUUUCACUUGAAAUUGAAUUUGUCAAUUCACCAAAAUUCGAUACAUUUCAAUUACCUGAAUGUUUAUGUCUUUUUCGAACAAAUUAUGCUGACGAAAGUAAAACUAUAUUCAAUGAAAUGGCCAAUAUUGAAUAUCGAAAUGAAGGAAAUGUUUAUUUCUUCAAUCAACAAUUGGGGAACCAUUUAUUAUUCGUGAUUAUCCACUUUAUUGUCGUUCUCUUCAAAUUCGUAAACAAAAUCCAAGUAAAUAUCCACGUAUUGCUUAUCAUGGAACAUCAAUUGAAGUAA